GCUCAGCCCAGUCACUGCCACGACCCGCGCCAGCGAAGCCCCCAACCCUACGUGAGAACAUGGGGUGGGGAGCGGGCUCCGCCGGGCGGUGCUGCCGGCUGCUCGGGCUGCUCCUGUGUCUCAGCAGCGGGCUCCAGCCUGCAGAAACUCUCCAAGUGCUGAUGGGAAGCACCCCACAAAUAGUGUCACUGAAUGAUAACAUCUCCAUACCAUGCAAUCUCUCUGGGUACAAUACAGCAGAACUGGAUAUCAAGAACAUGGGAGUUACCUGGUAUCUUAAGACUCCAAGGGCAGACCAAGAAGAAAAAGUAUUCACAUUUCAUGCUGGAGCGCAUAUUUCCCAUAGAAAUGGGGCCAGUAUGUCUGACAAUGACCUGAGAAGAGGAAAUGCUGCACUCUCUCUCCCACAGAUACAGUUUAAGGAAGCAGGAAUAUAUAGGUGCUAUGUUAUUGUCGCUCCUUCUGAUGCUCAUGGAACAUCUGUUUUAGAGGUAGUUGCUCAACCGGAAGUCAGCCUGUCUCCAAAGGAAGUUACAAUAGAAAGCAACAAGGAGAAGACCCUCUCGUGUGAAGUCAAUAAGUUCUACCCAAAUUUGGUUGAUAUUAAGUGGAUGAAGGUAUCAAAGAAUAACCAGGACAGUAGCGUAGCAGCAGAGGAUAUCCGCACAGGAGCCUCUGUGGAAAAUGAAGAUGGCACAUUUAAUGUCACUAGCAUACUAAGGCUGCAACCGUCUUUGCAAGAUAAUGGAAAUGUCUAUAGAUGUAUUGUGAGUCACAAAACAUUUCCAGCCAAGUUACUUCUCAAUAGCACCUUGACUGUCACAGCCCCCAAGGCAGAUUUGAGCAGUAUAAUUGGAGCAGUCAUUGGAACAAUAAUAGCCUGUAUUAUUGUGCUCGGUUUGGGUACUUUCGUGUACUGUAGGUGUUUGAAGAAAAUUCCACCUGUGACGUGACACUCCAUAUUAAUUGUAGAAAUAUGUCUACGAUAUGAAUAGGGCAUAACUAAGACAUAUAUUAUGCAAGAUGACUCAUGUAAGGUAUAAUUGAAAAGGUUAUGAUUUACUGAAUGUGAUUAUACAAUUUGUAUGCAUGUAUCAUUUCUGUAUCUGGGGUUAGGAAUAUUGACUAUGUAACAAUUACAACCGUGGUUAUACUUGGAGACGCCCACCAGAGAGUAAGCAAUCACACUUGAUGGACCAUUAGGAAAAGACAAUGAGUCUUUAAAGAUGUGGAUCUCCCAUCUUCUGGGAGUUCCUUCCUGUGGACGUGGCAAAUAAACCUGGUUUCAGAGUUGCUUUGACACUGCUAGGUCACUGGGUAAUGUCACCUGGUACAGAGUACCACCUUGGACACUGCUGGUACUUUUCCACUGGAGACAAAGGCUUCCCGCCUUAUGUAAAUUCUAUUUAAGGCAGGGGAGUAAGACAAACAGGACUUUUCUCCAUUGCCUUCCUGCCCAAGAAGAAAGACUGCUGAAAGUAUCUGAAGAGACAGAGGAACUGAGCUGAGGGCAAGGCAAUGGCUGAGUCCAGGCUGAGACAAGGGGUCCAGUCUGUAAAGAGAAAUAACUGGAACUCUAAGCUACAGAAACUCUGCCACUUGCCUAAAACAACAUUUAGGGUGAGAAAU